AUGGAAGACAUGGGUUUAAAUCUACCCUCUCCUUUGACAGCUUUCCAGACUUUUGGAUCUUCCACCAGAAAACUUGAUCAAGUCAAUAUCUGCAGUUCCAAUUUCCAGAAAAGACAGGGGAACCGCCUCUUCCCGUGUGUCCUGAAGACCCCUUGCACCUUUCUGCUCACAGGGAUUCGCCCUUCCCACCAGACCACCACCAGAGAAGUAGCUGAUUUUCAGCUUUCUGUGGAUUCUCUAUUGGGAAACAACAAUGACCAUUCAAGACCAGAUGUUCAAGUUCAAGCCACGAGACUGGCAGAGAAGCUAAAAUGUGAUACAGUGGUAAGUGAAAUCAGCACUGGUCAAGGGACUGUAAAUUUCAAAAUAAACAGAGAACUAUUAACAAAGACAGUACUACAACAAGUAAUCAAAGAUGGCUCAAAAUAUGGGUUAAACAGUGAGCUAUUCUCUGGUCUUCCCCAGAAGAAGAUCGUGGUUGAAUUCAGUUCACCUAAUGUUGCCAAAAAAUUUCACGUUGGACAUUUGCGUUCUACCAUCAUAGGAAAUUUUAUAGCAAAUCUCAAAGAAGCUUUAGGACAUCAAGUCACCAGAAUAAAUUACCUUGGAGAUUGGGGCAUGCAGUUUGGUCUUCUGGGAACUGGCUUCCAACUGUUUGGCUAUGAAGAAAAACUUCAGUCCAGUCCUUUACAGCACCUCUUUGAAGUUUAUGUACAAGUUAAUAAAGAAGCAGCAGAUAAUAAAAAUGUAGCAAAAUCAGCGCAUGAGUUCUUUCAGCGAUUAGAACUGGGUGACACGCAAGCACUUGAACUGUGGCAGAAAUUUCGAGACCUGAGCAUAGAAGAAUAUGUGCGGAUUUACAAGCGUCUAGGAGUACACUUUGAUGAAUAUUCAGGAGAAUCAUUUUAUCGUGAAAAAUCUCAAGAAGUCUUAAAAUUGCUGGACAGUAAAGGACUCCUGCAGAAAACAAUAAAAGGAACAGCUAUAGUGGAUCUUUCUGGAAAUGGUGACCCCUCCUCAAUUUGUACUGUAAUGCGAAGCGAUGGGACUUCUCUCUACGCAACCAGAGAUCUUGCAGCUGCUAUAGAUCGAAUGGAGAAGUAUAAUUUUGAUACAAUGAUUUAUGUGACAGAUAAAGGGCAAAAAAAGCAUUUUCAGCAAGUGUUCCAAAUGCUGCAGAUCAUGGGAUAUGACUGGGCAGAAAGGUGCCAGCACGUGCCCUUUGGAGUGGUGCAGGGAAUGAAGACUCGAAGAGGAGAGGUUACCUUUCUGGAAGAUGUUCUAAAUGAGAUUCGAUCAAGGAUGCUACAGAACAUGGCUUCUAUUAAGACUACCAAAGAAGUGGAGAACCCACAGGAGACUGCAGAGAGGGUCGGGCUUGCAGCACUCAUUAUUCAGGACUUCAAAGGUGUGCUCUUGUCUGACUAUCAGUUCAGCUGGGAUCGUAUUUUCCAGAGUCGUGGGGACACAGGCGUCUUCCUGCAGUACACGCAUGCUCGCCUCCACAGUUUGGAAGAGACUUUUGGAUGUGGUUAUCUAAAUGAUUUCAACACUGCUUGUUUACAAGAACCACAGUCUGUUUCCAUUCUUCAGCAUCUUCUCAGGUUCGAUGAAGUGCUUUAUAGAUCAUCUCAGGACCUUCAACCCAGGCACAUUGUCAGUUACCUUCUAACUCUAAGUCAUCUUGCAGGUAUGGCACACAAGACACUGCAUAUAAAAGACAGUCCUCCUGAAGUGGCUGGGGCCAGACUUCAUCUUUUCAGAGCUGUGCGUUCUGUGCUAGCCAAUGGAAUGAAACUUCUUGGAAUAACACCUGUAUGUAGGAUGUAA